AUGGUGGCUGAGAUGGAGGACAGAGUUUAUCGUUUCAUGGUCGGUCUAGGGCCACAUCUGAUUGAUAAAUGUACGACAGCUGCAUUACAGCCGGGCAUGGAUAUUUCUCGCAUACAGGCAUACGCGCAGAAUAUGGAGGACCGUAAGCGUCAGUGGAGUGCAGAGUGGAGUUCACCUUUGGGGUUUUCAGGCCCUAGGUUUGAUCGGCCUUCUUAUUCCAGAGCGGGUCAGAAUUCUAGAGCUUCAGAUGCUUGCUAUGCUUGUGGUCGGCCAGGUCAUGUGAUGAAGGAGUGUUCGUCGAGAGGUAGUGUAGAUAUUGUUCAGCCUAUAGGGUCUAUAGCUAGUUCUUCUUCAUCUAUACACCCUCCAAAGCAAGGUUCUCAGUUACUAGCAGGACGUGGUAGAGGGAGGAGUAGAGCAUUGAGUUCGAGCAGUCUUCAGAACCGUAUUUAUGCACUAGCUGGUAGACAGGAUCACGAGUUGUCACCCGAUGUAGCCACAGGUACAUUUCCCCAUUUAGGCCUUGAUGAUUUUUGUAUUGGUGGGAUUAGAUGCUAA